CCAAACCCUUCGAUUUGCCUGAGCCUCCAUAUAUGUACCUCUCUAGUCUCUACCCACCUUCGUCUUUUUUGAAUCCUGUGGCUGCGGCUUCAUAGUUCAUGGCCCUGUCUGCAUUUUUUUGGAACAAAACCUUGAGUCCCCAUCUUCGCUACUGAAAAAGACUCUUGCUUUCUUCGCCCACUAAAAUUGCAGCUUCUCAAAAGCUGCUCCGCCGUUGAUGGACAUGAAUUAUGAGAAUAAACCACAACAUUCUGCAAAAGUUGCAGCUGAUAAUGCAAACAGGACUGUCGUGGAAAAUGAUGAUAGGAAAGGUACAAGGUGCAUGGAUACUGUCAGUGGGAUGGAGGCUCCAUUAACGGACCCAGAUGACCCUGACAUGGCAAAGGUUGAUAUAAUUUCCUUUUCCAGUUUUGAUGAGACAAGGUUAGCUGAGAGUGAUGACCCAGAUGCGACUGAGCAUUCAAGUUCGUUUGGCGACACUGUUUCUGACUCUGAGAGGUGUUCUGGACUGAGUGAAGGUGAAGUGGAAUCCCAAUUUUUUGGUGACAGUGAUUUGGCGUCUUAUGAUGCCUUUAACAGCCUGUUUCAGAUGAGGAAGAAGAAGUUGACGAGUCACUGGCAAAACUUUAUACAUCCUCUGAAGUGGCGCUGCAAAUGGGCGGAACUGAAAAUUAAGGAAAUUGAGUCUCAAUCACUAAAAUAUGAAAGAGAGCUUGCAGCAUGUGAGCUGAGAAGGCAUCCUGAAGUUCAAUCUACACCUGAAUGUUUUGGUUCAAAGGCGCUGCCAUUUUCAACUCAAUGUCAAAAUAGGAAGGCCAGAAAAAGGAGGAAACGAAACAGAGUUGAAGAUACAACUGAUAUAAAAUCAUACUUUGCACAUCAUAACCUUUUCUCUCAUCUUGAAAACAAGAGGACUAAUCGUGAUGGUGCUCUUAUCGUUGAUGAUUUUGGUGCUACAGCAACAAUGGACCAGCUUGCUGAUGGCAUUGACAAAUUUGGCAAUGCUACUGACCAGAUGCUUUUGGAGUUUGGAAAUGGUGAUAGUUCCUUUGAGCAGACCCUUUGGAAGAUUGAGAUGGUGCACUCUCGGGUUCGAAAACUCAAAAAUAAAAUUGAAAUGGUGAUGUCCAAAAAUGCUGCAAAGUUUUCUUCCUCUGAAAAUUUGAGUCUUCUUGCCCCAUAUGAUGUUCAGACCAGCUCUGCUCCUAGUCCUACUGUUUCUGCUGGCAAUAUAGACAUAACAUCAAUAGAAGCUAUACAUGCAGUGACUCAACAUAUUGCAGCGUAUGAAGUAGGCGAUCUGGUCAUACCUGAAAGUGCAAUUUCAAUUUACGGUGAGGCUGUUCAUGUACCUGAUAUAAUUGAAAGUACAGACGGACUGUUGUCUGCUGCUGAUGUUACCCUCCAUCAGCCCCAGAUUGGAGACUCAUCUGAAUAUAUAUUCGACAAUGUGCUGAUACAUAAUGAAGCGGUUGAAGAAAAACACAAUUUCGUAAGGGAGAAGAAUCAAGUAACAGAGGGGCAAUGUGAACGAGAGAAAGGCGAAAAAGAAAUAGGUGGAGAAGAAGAAAGCACAAACCCUACUUUAGCUUUGACGUCAGAAAAUAAGCCUCUAACAAAAACUUUGUUGGGUCCAGAGGAAGCAACUACGAACUCAUGUUUGGCCUCGGAUUUCAACUUUCCAAGGAAUAAGAGAAAGCGAGGAGAGCGAAAAGCUGGUUCAGGUGGUUGGAGCAGGAAAGGAGGCUCUGGUGAGCCUGAUAGUCAGUGAGUUUGUAUUUCAUCUGUUGUAUUUUCUGUAUACCCUACUUGUAGGCAUGUUCCUUGCAGGUUUUGUUCAGCGGGUUAAGGAUGUUGUACUUUAACUUCCUAGUCUUAAUCUGGUGGUAAGAGGUGUAUACAAUAGUAGCUUUUUGCAAUUUAGAAAUUUAACUGUAGACUUGAAAUAUGAACAGGUAGAGGCAGUUUUCGCAUAUGGAAGAUUGUUUUGUCAGUUAAAUUUUUCGUCGUGGUCAUUGUUGUGACCUUGGAUGAGAUUUUUUUCAGGCACAAAAUGUGAGUUGCUCUGGGAAUUUGAUUUUUUUUUUCAGGCACCCUGUGAUUGGUCAUGGAGUUCAGAGGGGAGGGGUCAAAAGCAGUUAUUAUGUACAUACUUAUAAACAAACAUUGCAGGAUUUACAGUGUAGUGUAGCUUUGUCUGUGUAUAUUUAUGUGUGAAAACUGAAAAAAGAACAAAGUAUUCAUCUAGUA